AUGUUCAAGGCGUUUCUAAAUGGUAUACUGGGGCUCCUUGCUCUUUAUGUGACAAAAAGAUGGCUGGAAAGCAAAAAGCCCUUGGGACCCUUGCCUCCAGGCCCACGGCCUAAGCCAUUCGUGGGCAACAUCGCCGACCUGCCGCCUCCAGGCGUGCAAGAUUGGAUGCAUUGGCUCAAGCAUAAGGAUCUGUAUGGGCCGAUUAGCUCCCUUACAGUGAUGGGACAGACGAUUAUAAUCUUGAAUGAUACACAGAUAGCAUCAGAGCUAUUACGCAAACGCGCCUCCUUGUACUCGUCACGGCCGCACAUGGUUUUUGCUUCUGAAAUGGUGGGUUGGGGGCAUGCUAUUUCCAUGCAGCCGUACACGGACCGGUUCAAGGCAUACCGGAAGAUUCUGAAACCAUACUUCGGGUCAGACAGGGUUGCUUUACAGUACGUUCCAUUACAGGAAGUCGAAGCCCAUCGCCUUUUGUGGCGUAUUCUGAAGGACAAAGACAACAUCACACAGCACAUCCAGGCUGAGGCGGGGGCAGUAAUUCUUCAGAUAACAUACGGUUAUAGGACUGAGCCGCACCAAAAAGAUGUGCUGGUCAACCUUGUCAAUGUGGCCCUUGAGCACUUCUCAAUUGCAUCGACACCGGGUACUUGGCUUGUAGACAUCAUACCGGCAUUAAAAUAUUUGCCCGCCUGGUUUCCGGGCGCUGGGUUCAAACGCACCGCUCGGGAGUGGAGGAAAACCCUUGAGGAAGUUGCAAAAAGGCCUUACGCACUCGUUCAGAAGCGAAUAGAGGAUGGCAAGUAUCAGCCCUCACUCCUCUCUGAUAUAUUCAAAUUGAAUGGGAUUCCAUCUCCCGGAUCAGAAGAGGAGCUGGUUGCCAGAUGGACAACUGCAUCGCUGUAUGGUGCGGGCGCCGACACUACUGUGUCCUCAGUUGGAACCUUUUUCCUCGUCAUGGCCCUGAACCCGGAAGUCCAACAAAAGGCACAGGAUGAGAUUGAUCGGGUGGUCGGGACUAGUCGACUCCCUAUGUUGGCAGACCGCGCACGCCUGCCUUAUGUCAAUGCAGUUGUAAAGGAGGUCUUCCGUUGGCACCCUGUAGUACCGAUGGGGGUUCCACAUAUGUCCACGGCCGACGACAUGUACGAUGGAUAUUAUAUCCCUAAAGGUUCUAUUCUGAUGCCAAAUAUUUGGGGUAUGAUGCAUGAUCCCGCGCUGUAUCAUGACCCUCUAGCCUUCAAGCCAGAACGCUUCUUGGAGAUCGACGGCCUGGAACCUGAGACGGAUCCACACGGCUUCAUUUUCGGCUUUGGACGUCGCGUCUGCCCUGGCCGAAUUUUGGCAGACAACACAGUAUGGCUCAGUAUUGCAAAGUCUCUCGCCGUGUUCCAAAUCAGCAAACCUAAAGACAACGGCGUUGAGGUGGAUGUGAAAGCAGAAUUCCAGCCUGGGGUCAUCAGCCACCCGGUCCCGUGCAAGUUGCAGGUCGUGCCCAGGAGCUCUUCACAUAAAGAACUGAUUGUGGCCGUGGAGCAGGAGCACCCGUGGGAGAAGGGUGAUGGAUCGGAGUUGGAACAUAUCCGGUUCUAA